UUACCUAAAAAAAAGGGGAAAUCAGUAAACCGGGCGGACUGGUUAUUACAGGCAGCUGAGAGUCUGAGACUCAGGCCAGUGAACACAGAGAAAAGCAGAGCCCUUUGUUCAAAUUUUCUCGCGGAUUCCUCUUCUGGGAGGCUUCUUCUCAUCAGCUGUUCCGGGUUAAAGUGUCCUUCUAGUUUUUAUCAGGAGAACAGGAGUAAUGGCAGGACAAGAUCAAGCUAAGCACCUUGAGGACUGCUCGGUUGCCAAUGCAUUAGGCACAUGGUUCUUCUCGGUGGCUGGGGCUUUGGUAGCAAUUCCAGUAGGGAUAAAAAGGAAGUCUUUAGCACCACUUGUGUUCUUUGGCACAACUGGCACAAUGCUUGAUAUUAUCAUGGGAAUCAGUCAAUGUGAAAGAGAACAUGCUGAACGUCAAGCAAAGUUACUAGAAGCCCAAAAUUCUGUAGGCGAACCAUCUUUUUCAGCAACAGGAUCUGAGUCUUGAUUCCAAACUGGUAUAGGCAUGGGCUCAUGCUAAUUAGCUUUUCAUUUUGCUUGCAUGAGAAACAGAUCUCUUUUUGAUAUACUUUGUGGAGAUUCAUUGUCCACCUUUUUUGCAACAUAUACCAUCUUUCUAAGGUUAUUUAAUUUCUAUGCAACCUCAUACUGUGAUCAGCUAAAGACCUAUCAUGAUGUAAUAAAAAAAUGGGGUCUGCUUAGAAGCUACUUUCAUUGAAUUUUUUUACCCUUUUUGAGUUCCUAAUGGAAGUGGAUUUAUGGGGC